CUUGGUUACACUUUUCGAUUGACAUGUGCUAAAAAGAUCAGACUCUAAGCGCCGAAUUACAUAAUGAGUUUGCAUGACUCAUUGACACUGAAAAAAAAAAAAUUGACUGCUUUUAAAAGAAGGGAACCAAUUUCCUAUUUUCUUUUUUUCUUUUCUCUUCUUUGAAUAAUCCAAUCAUGGAAGAUCUGCGUAUUACUGGCUACAACGCUUUGCUUACACCUGCCUUCCUGCAAGAAGAGUUUCCUGCGACCGACAACUCACAAACUACUGUCAAAAAAGCCCGUGAAGAAUGCUCAAAUAUCUUACAAGGCAAAGAUGAUCGUUUGAUUGUCAUUGUUGGACCCUGUUCCAUUCAUGACACGGAAGCUGCCAAAGAUUAUUGUCAACGAUUAUUAAAGGUCAAGGAGAAGCAUCAAGGCGAACUCUUGAUCAUCAUGCGUGCCUAUUUCGAAAAGCCAAGAACGACUGUGGGCUGGAAAGGAUUGAUUAAUGACCCUGAUAUCGACAAUAGUUACAACAUUAACAAAGGGCUUCGCGUGGGCCGUAAGCUACUCUGUGAACUAACAGAUAUGGGUAUGCCAGUCGCUGUCGAGCUUCUUGACACCAUCUCUCCUCAAUACCUUGCUGAUCUGAUGUCCUGGGGAGCCAUUGGCGCACGUACAACUGAAUCCCAACUUCAUCGAGAAUUAGCCAGUGGUGUCUCUUUCCCCGUUGGAUUCAAGAAUGGUACGGACGGCAAUGUCCGUGUGGCCAUUGAUGGUAUCGGAUCCGCUUCUGCUCCACACCACUUCUUGGGUGUCACCAAGAACGGUACGGUCAGUGUGACUCACACUACUGGUAAUCCUGACUGCCAUGUCAUUCUUCGUGGCUCAAAUGAUGGCCCCAAUUAUUCAAAGGAGCACGUUCAAAAGGCGCGUGCUGCACUCGAAAAAGCCGGUUUACGUCCCAACAUCAUGAUCGAUUGCUCUCAUGGAAACUCAAGCAAGGAUCAUAGAAACCAGCCCAAGGUCUGUCAGAACUUGGGUGAACAAAUCGCUGAAGGAGAAGCUUCUCUUGUGGGCGUCAUGAUUGAAUCAAAUAUCAAUGAAGGUAAGCAGAGCGUACCUGAGGCUGGUCCUUCUGCUUUGAAGUAUGGUGUCUCCAUUACAGACGCUUGUGUUAACUUUGAAACAACCGAACAAAUGUUGGAUGACUUGGCUAAAUCAGUCAAGGCAAGACGUGCACUUGUGAAAUAAUGGCUAUUUCCUCCUCUCCUCCUCUUUCAUAAAGCAUAAAAAAACGCAUUUGCACAUUACAUUCAAUAGAAAUAAAGCAUGUUUGAUCUAUUUCAGCUGUCAC